CAGACCUAAGGACACAAACCUUGGCCUAACCCCCAAAUCACGACCCGAAUAGGUCAAAACGGGUUGAGAAGUCUUUCGAGUUUCGACUAAAAUCAAGUUAAAUAUCACGCAUAACACACAACACAUCUGCAAUAUUCUCCAUAAUUUUUCUCUACCGACCGACGUUCAUACAUCAAAAAUCUCCUUCUCUACAUUGAAUACUAUCUGUUCUUCAAUCUGAAUAAUUUUACUGCCUUCUCUUCCCAAUCAAUCGAUAUUUGUUGUAUUUCUCCUUUUUCUUAUAUCUAUUCUCUGUUUUUUUCCUUCUUUUUGUUUUAUUUUAUCUCAAUUUGUUGCUGCUUUAUUCGAGGCUGAUUGUAACCGCGUUCCUUGAAGACUCAAGCUGUUGAAUUAUUCAGAUUUCGGAUGCUAAUGAGAGGAUGAUGAAUCAAGGAAGCACUACUAACACGAUGGCCACUUUGGAUCCCAGUCCACAGGAGAGUCAUCAGGUUGUCGAUGCAAACCAACAUCACAUGUCUUCAUAUUACGCCGCUCCAAAUUCUACAGUCACACCAUGGGCUCAUACUGCAGAUAGCUACGCCAGAGAAAAUGGAGUUCUCUCACAUUCUGGUUAUGAUCAUGACCAACGAGCUGCGCUGCCUUCAAGGAAUGUUCAAGAUGGAUUGAAUGUUGCAACUAGUGCUACUACACCAAGUUCCGGUGACACAAAUGUACAGCAAGACUAUAGUAGCUAUGCCACCUAUCAAAGUACUGAUCCUUAUGGCUACAGCAAUACUGGAUAUGCUGCUUAUUAUAGUGGCUAUCAACAGCAAUCUAAUCAAUCAUAUUCUCAGCCAUCAGGAGCAUAUCAAAAUACAGGUGAUAAUGGCUAUCAACAGCAAUCUAAUCAAUCAUAUUCUCAGCCAUCAGGAGCAUAUCAAAAUACAGGUGAUAAUGGCUAUCAACAGCAAUCUAAUCAAUCAUAUUCUCAGCCAUCAGGAGCAUAUCAAAAUACAGGUGAUAAUGGCUAUCAACAGCAAUCUAAUCAAUCAUAUUCUCAGCCAUCAGGAGCAUAUCAAAAUACAGGUGAUAAUGGCUAUCAACAGCAAUCUAAUCAAUCAUAUUCUCAGCCAUCAGGAGCAUAUCAAAAUACAGGUGAUAAUGGCUAUCAACAGCAAUCUAAUCAAUCAUAUUCUCAGCCAUCAGGAGCAUAUCAAAAUACAGGUGAUAAUGGCUAUCAACAGCAAUCUAGUCAAUCAUAUUCUCAGCCAUCAGGAGCAUAUCAAAAUACAGGUGAUAGUGGCUAUCAACAGCAAUCUAGUCAAUCAUAUUCUCAGCCACCAGGAGCAUAUCAAAAUACAGGUGCUCCUUAUCAGCCCCUUUCCUCAUUUCAGAAUACUGGGUCUUAUGCUGGGCCUGCAAGUUAUUCAAGCACUUACUACAAUCCUGGUGAUUACCAGACAUCUGGAGGUUACACAAGUGGUGCUUACAAUAACCAGACCAACGUAUGGCACGAAGGGCAAUAUGCGGCAUACACUUCCCAUCAGUAUCCCAGCUACAGUUCUGAUACGAAUGCCUCAUACAGUUCGACCACAGCCCCUGCAGCUUCACAGUAUCAGCAACAGUACAAGCAAUGGGCCGAUUAUUACAACCCUACACAAAAUGAUGUCACAUGUGCUCCUGGAACAGAAAAUAUUUCUGUUUCUAAUGUAUCCAGUCUGAGUUGCCCCGUCCCUGCUGGAUACUCAGCUUCAGGUGUCCAUGCCUCGGCAUCUCAUGCUCCACCUGGCAAGCCAGAACCUGGUUUGUCCACAUUGGCUGCGGUGCAGUCUCCUGCUGUAGGUGGCAAUGUUCAUGAUAGUUACUGGAAACAUUGGGCUCCGUCUUUCCAAAAUCAGCAGCCUGAUCCAGUACAGUCUUAUGGUCAAAAGCCUUUAGACGUGACCCCUUCUCAUGACAAUCUUCAUACUCAACAAAGUUCUUCAUGUCCCCAAGGACCAAGCACACAAUAUCAGGCCUCUUAUCAGAUGCCCCAUAGUUAUCAGUCAUCCUUGCCCACUGUACAGCAAACUGUUACAUCAGCAGACACGAGCAGCGCAAGCAAACUACAGAUUCCCACAAACCCUAGAAUAACUCCAACCUUGACCACGGGAUUACCAAAACUGGAUAAGCAAAGCUAUACAACUAAUGCAGCGGCAAAACCUGCAUAUGUCAGCGUUUCCUUACCAGAAAAAGUAUCAUCUCAUGCUGCUGAUAAUGCUCUCAAGCCUGAUGCUUUUCCAAAAUCACUUCGUGGUUAUGUUGAAAGGGCUUUGGCUCGUUGCAAGGAUGAUGCUCAAAUGGUGUCAUCCCAAGCUGUCAUGAAGGAGGUUAUCAAAAAGGCAACUGCUGAUGGUACACUUCAUACUAGAGAUUGGGACACUGAGCCUCUUUUCCUUAUGCCCAGUGUGGAUGCAGAUAACAAGGAAAGAGUAAUAUUUUCCGUUCCAGUUUCUUCAUCUCCAACAAGUAAAAGAAGUCCUAGUAGGCGAUACAAAAGUAGGUGGGAGCCUUUAGUAGAGGAGAAACCAACUGUUCAACCUGCAUCAGUCACUCCUGAUGCUUCUAAAUAUGGGAGUUGGAACAGACAGUUUUCAGGUGGAAAGUCAGAUAACAAGGUGAAUAAUUCGAGUCAUUUGAAAUUCUCUUUACCGCAGCGGAAAACCCUCAAAAUUGAUGUCUUUAGGCCAGCUAAGAGGCAGUGUGUUGGUGAUGGAAUGGAUACAGCAGAUAAUGGUGAAGCAUCCAGUGAUAGUGAUAAGGAACGCAGACAAUCGGCCCAUAAGUCUGCUGCAGUAGCAGCGGCAGAUACUCCAGAGGAAAGAAAGAGACGUGAAAACCGAUCGAAGCGUUUUGAAAGAGGUCAUGGAAAUCGAGUAGCAAGUAAUGAUACUCGAUCCAGAAAUGAUGGAGCUGGAAAUGUGUACACAAGAAGGGCUACUGCAUUGGUGCUUAGCAGAAACAUUGAGGAAAAUGGUAACCAUGCUGUUGAAGAUAUUGAUUGGGAUGCUCUUACUGUCAAAGGAACAUGCCAGGAAAUUGAGAAACGUUACUUGCGUCUUACUUCUGCACCGGACCCUGCAACGGUGAGACCAGAAGAAGUCUUGGAAAAAGCGUUAAAUAUGGUUCAAAGCUCUCCCAAAAACUACCUUUACAAAUGUGAUCAGUUAAAAUCGAUACGCCAAGAUCUUACGGUCCAACGCAUACGCAACGAACUAACAGUCAAGGUUUAUGAAACACAUGGUCGAUUGGCAAUAGAAGUUGGGGACUUGGCGGAGUAUAAUCAGUGUCAGUCACAGCUAAAAACACUUUAUGCAGAAGGAAUCAAGGGAUGCGAUAUGGAAUUUGCAGCAUAUAAUUUACUCUGUGUUAUUUUGCACUCUAGUAACAACAGAGAUCUGCCAUUAGCGAUGUCUAGAUUACCAGCAGAGGCCAGAGAGAACGAAGCUGUCAAACAUGCUCUAUCAGUUCGAGCAGCUGUGUCCUCUGGAAACUAUGUUGCCUUUUUCAAAUUAUACAAGACAGCUCCUAACCUUAACACUUGUCUUAUGGAUUUAUAUGCUGAAAAAAUACGAUAUGCAGCUGUUAGAUGUAUGUCUAAUUCAUAUCGCCCUACUGUUCCGGUCACCUACAUUGCUCAGGUUUUAGGCUUCACAAGUGUCUUGUUGACAACUGAAGAAAGUGAUGACGCAGAUGGGGUGGAUGAUUGUGUGGAAUGGCUGAAAGCCCAUGGUGCAUGCCUCACUUCCGAUAAUUCUGGAGAGAUGCAGUUUGAUGCAAAGGCAUCUGUGUCAAGUCUCUACAUGCCAGAACCUGAAGAUGCUGUGUCACAUGGAGAUGCCAGUCUCGCAGUUAAUGAUUUUUUGACACGAAAUCCGUUGUAGGAACCUCGUUCAUUUGCUGAUAAUGGCGGGGAUCAUAUAUUAGGAGAAUGCUUCUGCUCCAGAUGCAUGGGGGAAGCAAAUCCAGUUCUGGGUAUUCAUACUGGAACUCGGCAAGGUUCGUUGCAUUAUUACAAUACUGAGUCGGAUAACUGUAAAUCAUGUGCGCAAGCAGCAGCUAUUUCUACUGGUGUCGGGGUGUAUGAGUGGUGGCACAAUCCUGUGGUUUAAUCUCUGAUUGGAGAGUUCUUGAUUCUUUUCAUGGAUACAGCUAAUACAUAGAGAUAGAGGGACCAUAAUCAUAAGCAACAGCUACCUGUACUGUAGUUUGAAUCCAGAGUAGAUGUAUUUGCUUACCUAGCCUGCAGUUGUAAGAUAGGUGAUUCAAUAUUUCGCCAAUUUUGUUGAUACACUUGUUGGAAUUUGGCAACUUUAAUAAUACCACUUUAUAUUAUUCAUGCCUUUUUCUA